GUCAGCUGGUAUAAAGCGACUUCAACCACAAGUAGGAAGUGCAUUCAUCACGAGUCUCUUAGAGAAACAUGAGCUUUUACUCACUAUGUGGUUCUGUAACUCUCCUUGGGUUAUUCCUCUGUCUAUCAGAGGUAGAGAGCAUGAGGACACUGAAAAAUGUAGCUGUAAAAAGUGGAGGAUCUGUCACUAUUCCAUGUUCAUAUGAAGGGCAGUACAAAGCAAACCCUAAAUUCUGGUGCGAAGGGUACUAUUGGCAUUCCUGCAGCAUCGUAGCCUAUGCAAACUCAAGUGGAAGUACAUCAGUCAUUGAUCAUCCAGCACAGAAUUUAUUCACUGUGGAACUGAACAAAGUCUCUGAGUCUGGAACGUAUUGGUGUGCUGCAGAAAUUGCAGAUAAAUGGCAACCGGAUGAUCGUGAUUAUUUGUAUCUGACGAUUAGUCAAGAUCUGUCAGUGAGGGAGAACAGAGUGAGAGGUGAGGAAGGAGGCAGCGUCACAGUCCAGUGUCUCUACAGCGCUGCGUAUCAGAAUACACAGAAGCAGUGGUGCAGAUUCAAAGACAAGAAGUGCUGGACAUUUACAAAGACUGAAACAUCCCAGAAUUCAGCGGUGCAGUUCAGUGAUAAUGGGAAUAGAUCCUUCAGUGUGAUGAUGAGUGGACUGAAGAAGAGUGAUACUGGCUGGUACUGGUGCAGUGCAGGAGAUCUGGAGGUUCCUGUUCACAUCAGCGUCGGUGGUGACACUUCAGGUCUGAACGAAAACCACACAGAAGAUUCUACACCUUUUGACACAUUACUGACUCUUUGCAUCAUAUCUGGACUCUUGUUGGUGCUCAUGGUGGUUGGUUUGGUCAUCUGGAAGCAUAAACGGAAACACACCGCAAACAAAGGACAUAGCCACAGUCUGAAUCCCAAACCAUGUGAGCGUGCAGUGACUUCUAGCACUGUGGCGGAAGGACAAUACAAGGGGUCAUCAGUUUCUGAGCCAGACGUCACCUACAGCUCAGUCACAAUCUCUCAGCCUCCAAUGGUCUCUGCAGUUCCCCCUGAUAACAGCGUCAUCUACAGCUCAGUAAAACAUCAGUGAUGAAAGGCUACUGAAACAACACCAGCACUGGAAAGUCUGGAAAAUGCAAACGCUGAUGAUACUGCACACCAAUUUUGUGUUACUGCAUCCAGAUUCUGGAGUCGUUUACUGUGAAACAACAUGAAGGCUGGUGGAUUUUAUUUCCCUUCUGACCGUGAACUUCCCUUUUUGCAUCCGGUGGAGCACGUGUGUUUUGGGGGAAGUUUUUGUUAGGUCUGCUUACGAUCUGACGUGUGUGUGUGUGUGUGUGUGUGUGUGUGAACUAAGCUUUAUCAUACCAUCAUUCACUUCUUAACACAGUUUGUGUGUGUGUUAGAUAUAAAUGCUGCGAUAUUUUUAAAACAAAGCAACAUGAUAUUUUUCUAACUGCAUUAUAGAAUCAGAUAGAAAUAUGGAAUAAGAUCUUUUCUGUAAUGCUGGCCUCUGAUAUUAGGCCAGAAAUUUUUGCACUCAUUAAAACAUGUGAAUGUUUUGUUUUGUUUUGUUUUGUUUUGUUUUGUUUUGUUUUGUUUUGUUUUGUUUUGUUUUGUUUUGUUUUGUUUUGUUUUGUUUUGUUUUUUGUUAAGAAAACUGUGAACAAUGAAACAUGGGACAUCAAAUCAGACAGCAUUAACAGUCAACAGAUUAGUUUUUAAAUGAGUUUUAAAUGAGUACACUAUAUGCUAGUAUUUGUUUCAGGCUUAACAUUCUGAGCACUGAAAGGAGAAGUGAAUAAGACUGAUUAUCUCCUCAUCAUGGCACCUGUUAGUGGGUGGGAUAUAUUAGGCAGCAAGUCAACAUUUUGCUCAAAGUUGAUGUUAGAAGCAGGAAAAAUGGACAAGUGUAAGGAUUUGAGCUUUGAGUUUGACGAAGGGCCAAAUCGUGAUGGCUAGACCACUGGAUCAGAGCAUCUCCAAAUCUGCAGCUCUUGUGGGGUGUUCCCGGUCUGCAGUGGUCAGUAUCUAUCAAAAGUGGUCCAAGGAAGGAACAGCGGUGAACCGGAGACAGGGUCAUUGGGCGGCCAAGGCUCACUGAUGCACGUGGGGAGUGAAGGCUGGCCCGUGUGAUCCGAUCCAACAGGUGAGCUACUGUUGCUCAAGAAGUUAAUGCUGGUUCUGAUAGAAAGGUGUCAGAAUACACAGUGCAGGACGGGUCAGGGCUGUUUUGGCAGAAAAAAGCCGACCAACACCAAUAUUAGGCAGGUGGUCAUAAUGUUAUGCCUGAUCAGUGUAGAGUAUUGGCUUGUUAAAUCUAUAAUCUUGAUUAAUCAGUUUGCUGUCUCAAGGAGGUAAAAAUAUAUCAAUCGAUCUAGACUUGUUGCUAACAUAAGACAAAACAAAAAAUUACAAAAAACACAUCAAAUAAAAUUACACCAAACACGUCUUAGCUAAUUAAAAAAAUAUGGGAUAUGGAGAAAAGUGUGUAUUUUUGUUUUAAGGAUUAUCUUCAUAAUUCGGCUGAUUGUCAUGAAUCUCAUAUUAUGAUUAAAUACAUAUAAACUGUACAGAAGUGAAAUAAUUUUGAGGUGAAUUCAGGCAGUCUGAUAUAUAUAUAUAUACCCGUGUUUGUUUGUUUGUCUGCUUUAAUUUUGUAAGACCUUCGUAUACACUGACUUCUAGUGCCACCAAGUGGUGCUGCUUCACUAAGCCCAUCCUUCUCUGUUGCAGUUUUUCAGCCCAUGCAAGCAGGAUUCACUGCAUCACAGCAUCCUCACAUCAUCACUCAAAGUUACAGCAGUAUCUCUAUCUGUUACACAGGGCUGACACUGGAGACUCCUUCCAAAAAAUACCAACUAAACCUCUCCGCACAGAUACCCUCUCCAUAUCAGUGACUACAGUUUAAAUUCAUGUGCAGCAUCCAAAUCCAUGCCUAUUAGCUGUUGCUAUAGCAACGUAAUGUAUUAGAAGGAGCGCAGUCAUAUUAACCUGGGAUUUUAAUUAAUGUCUUGAACUGCGUACCUGGAACGGGGACAAAAAAAAAAAGGACUGGAGCAUGCAUACAAAUAAACAGCGGAGCCUGAUGAGCAUUAUGCAUUAUCGUUCUUGAUUAGUGCUUUUUAAGCACCGCUGAACAUUCCAGAAAUGCUGCAGCACAUGAGAAAGAAAAGAACAAUGAAUGAUUUGGUUUCCAGAGCUGCUAAUAUGACCAAGAAAGAAAUCUCUGUGUGCAGACAGGCAGAAAUCCCCUAGUGUUUGUACCUUUUACUAAAAAAUAUAUAUGUAUUUAAAAAUAAAUAAAUAAAUAAAUAAAUAAAUAAAUAAAUAAAUAAAUAAAUUAAAGGGGAAAAAUUGGGGCAAAAAAAGGAGAGAAAAGAAAAUGUGGUAUUUGGUACAAUUUAGCCCUUAAAAUAUCACUUAAUUUUUCAACCUUACUUUUAAUUCUUAAUUCUUUAUUUUUCUUUUCCUUUUUUCAUAUUUCUUAAAUUAGUAACAGGGUUGGUUUUUAAGCAUAGAAUCAUAUGGCAAUAGCAAUCACAUAAAACAUUCCCAACUAACAUCCACGCACGAGGAGGUCAAGAAUUAAAAAUGAUUACUAAAAAAUAAAAUAAAAACAAUACAACAAUAAAAACAAUAAAAACGAUCAUUUUGGUGACAGUGCUAGACUUUCAGAGUAACCUCAUCCGUCAAUAUCACUGAUAAUAUGGUUAGAAAUUAUUAUAAAAGAAAAGACAACGUAAUUCUAACACAUUUUCACUUUAAGUAAUAAGACGUUUUCACUUUCUUCACAUGAGCUGCAGACAGUUUGCAACACUGAACGUGUGAUAAAUGGAAUAGUGUGCAGUUUUUGUAAAGGUUAACUGCAGUUUUCAGCUGAAAAAAAAAAAAAAAAAGCAGAAGUGCAGUUUUGUUUUUCAGUAUUAAUGCAGUAAAAUGCUAUGGCGAAACUAAUUACUGGCAGCCAUGUUUCCUUUUCUACGUUACAACAGAUUUGAUUCGACUGACUUCCUUAUAAUAUUUCUUAUCAACAUUCCCUGAAUAUAUUUACCCCUGUGCUGAAAGCAUCUCUAAACAGGAACAUUUUGAACAUUAUCAACAAGGCCAAACACACUGGAAGCAAGAUUAUCAAUGUGGAUUGAGGCUCCAUAUCUGUGCUCACAGACUAAUGCGCACUUGGCAGGGCAAAAAAAGAUUUUUCACCACCCCUCCCAUCCUUAUUUCUCCCUCUUAAUGGAAAAGAAAAAUACAGAAUGACACAUAUUGCAAACAACAAUCUUUUAUCUCCAACAGGAUCAGAAUGCUAAACAGCUAAAUGCCAAGUUCUUUCAGCUUUAUAUGCAUCAAUAAUAUAUCUUUAAGGUUUCCUCUGAAUCUCCCUUGAGGCUAUAAAGCUUCAGUCAAUCAUUUCAAAUAGAUUUAAAAGAAUUGAGAAUAAAUCCAGCAUCAUGUAAAGAAACAGGAUUAUGUUUAUCACUAGCCGUUUCCAUCAGGUUAUACAACAGUACUGCAUGUACUGCCAUGCCCCAUGGGCCAGAUACCCUGUAGAACCUGGAGUUAGCAUCGUUCUGCUGUGCUGUUGAGUUUUGCACCUAUUAAAAAGAGGUUGCAGCAUGGCCUUAGGGAGAUCCUGAGCUCCAUAACACAACACGUUUCAAUUCUCAUUUGCUUGGAAUAGUGCUGGGGAUGUAACCAUAACUGAACAGCCGCUGGAUUUGAGUUGUUCCUGUAGUGUUCAGUAUGUAUAGAUGUGACAUCCUUUCUGAUAUGUAUACCGAUCCCUGAAAGCUUAAGUAUUGCCCACUUAUAAAAAGCUUAAACAAAAAAUCAGUGCAAAUGCAAAAGUGAACAAUUUAAAAUAAAAGAUUUCAAACUAAUCUGACCCUGGUAUUGGUACAUGACGAGCAAUCUUCUGAUAUUUCAGCUCAGAUUUGUUGCAGAAUCAGAUCUUUUGUUUCCUCCUAUAUCCAGAAUUGUCAGUUUAUAUCAACCUGAUAUUGAUAAUAAAUCAUCCAUCCAUUGUCUAUACCCACUUUAUUCCUAAUUAGGGUCACGGGGGCCUGCUGGAGCCUAUCCCAGCGCACAUAGGGUGAAAGGCAGGGGUACACCCUGGGCAGGUCACCAGUCCAUCACAGGGCCACAUAUAGACAGACACACACACACUCAUUCCUAUGGGCAAUUUAGAAUUACCAAUCAACCUAAUGUACAUGUUUUUGGACUGUGGGAGGAAACCGGAGUACCCAGAGCAAACCCACACAGGAAUGGGGAGAACAUGCACACUCCACACAGAAAGGCCCCUGCCUGUUCGAACCCGGAAUUCGGACCCAGGACCUUCUUGCUGUGAGGCAACAGUGCUAACCACUAAGCCACCGUGCUGCCCCGAUAAUAAAUAAUAAUGUCUGUAAGGACAUGUUAAUUCAUUAAGAUAUUACAGAAGGAGUGUCCAGUGUCAGUGCAAAAAAUAUGGCACUUCACAGGUUCCCUUUCUUGUUUACAGUGUGUAGCUGCUAAAACACAACUUCCUCCAUAUUAAAAAUGUACAAUUUGUUUACACUAAAAACAAUAAAAACUUCGAUUUGUUGUUCUUUGAUCAAUAAAUCGUCAGGGUGUGUUAAUAAAAUAGUUAACUUUGCAGGGAUAGCAGUAACUCUGUUAUGCAUCAUUACUUCAUCGUUGAUUAUUUUCCAAUAAAUGCACAGCCCCCGGUACUUUAUUUCUUUACAUCUGCCCAGAAGAUACAUAUUGAUUAGGGUCAAAUUUGACAUUGGUACAAAUUUUCAAUUCCAUCAUAGCAUUAAUGGAAAAAAACACAUAUAUAAUGUAAGUUUAAAAGCAUUUGGUUUCGUCUUGAAAGAAAGGCAGAUCCAAAGUUGGACCAAAAA